ACAGGGGCCCCGUUGUUCCCCACAAAAUGUUAAUGGCCGGAAAUAUUAAUAAUCUUGUGCAUGGGGCUCUGGCCUUUGAUGAUCUGUUGACGAAACUGAUCCGGCAGUUUUGAGUGACUGGCUAAUGGCAUUCCUCACACUUGCUCUAUCAUUGGCUGGAGAGAGAAUGAAAGUGUACGGCAGCCCUCGGGGACUCCCAAAUGGUCAAGUGCCUUUAACGUCCCUGCUUCAUCCCAGCUUUACUACCAGCCCCUUUGAGCACCCUUUUUUAUCCACACUUUUUUUAGCCGUUUGAGGGUCUGGCAGACGCUCAGUGAGAGGGCGUGAGUGGGCUAACUUUCAUUACUGCUACUGAUCCCAGAGUCACCGGAGGCCGAUCCAAAACAACACGGCUGCACAGAAAGACUGGACCUCCAUCGGGAUUCAGUGCAGAAAAACCUCCUGUGACUCUUGGGAAGCAGCUCGUUGGAUUUUCUUGUGGGUAGAAAGUUUUUUUUCUACCAUGAAGCAAACUUGGGACAAGGGAGUUUUUGAGAACGGCCAGUCAAACAUUCCAGGGAAUGUUGGGAAAGCUUCCGCGGAACACCUCCAGAGUACCUCAGGAGAAAAGCUUGAUAAUAAGUCCGCUCCUCUGGCUGGUACUCAUGGAGGAGUGGGUCAGAACCUACUGCUGAGUCCUGCCAGUCUUCAGCUAGCUCAGCUUCAGGCCCAGCUCACCCUACACCGCCUCAAACUCGCCCAGACUACCAAUACCGCUGCUGCAGCCACUGUCUUAAAUCAGGUUCUUUCCAAUGUGGCCAUGUCCCAACCUCUCUUCAACCAUCUUCGGGGUUCCAGCAUAGCUCAGGCCCACAGUGGGGCAUUUCCACCUACACCCAUAGCCUUCCCACCACCAAGUGCUGGAUUGGGACAACUGGUUGGUGGUGGCUUUGCCCCAAAUCCCACUGGAAUCAGGCCCAUCAACUACAGUGGGGUGUCCAACCAGAAACCUAGUCAGCACAAUGAUUUUGGCAAAAAGCCUGGCACAUAUGCAACGGACACGGACCGUCGCUUGCAUUUUGGAUAUUUGGGAGGAGCUUCAGUGGUCACUAGUAAAGCAUGUGAUGGAGGACAGUAUGGUGGAGCCUCUAACCAACCCAGAAACAAUGUCCACAGCAAUUUUCAAAGAGACUUCUACUCCUCUGAAACACCAGUACAACAAACUGGUUUCAUGGGAGGAAACAAUGAUCAGAAUCUGGGAUCAGCCUCUAAGGAUCAAUGGAAAGGUCCAAUCAACUUGGGGAAGAUGGAUAUAGGUACAGGAAUAGGUUCUGGGGGUUGGGUACCACCUGGACCAGGGUUUGUGGGUCAAAGGGCAGAGUUGUACAACCCAGAGGAACCCACAGCAGAUCCUAAGUUCAACUCGACAUGUGGCCCAGGAGUUGGCCCACCCAUUGGACAGCAAGGGGGAAUUCAACAGCAGCCACAGGUUUCUCAGGGAGAGGAAGGGGUGACCUUGCAAUUGCAACCCCACCAGUUCAAUGACUAUCAUGGGACAAUACCUUCACACCUACCCCAUCAGUGCACCAUUUGUGAGAAGAAGGUUUACAACCUGAAGGACUGGGACCAGCAUGUGAAGGGCAAGUUACAUCUGCAGAACUGUUCACUCUACACCGAAAGCCCGACGCUCGGAGCAGUGCACUUUCCAGUGUCGUCUGAAGGAUGUCUCAACAUGGCAUUGAGUAACACUAUGGCAUACACGUCGGCUGCCAGUCAAGAUGCUUCAACUGGAAGUGCUUCAUAUUUCCCUGCCACAUCCAUGAAGUCAUUUCCUCUCGCAGCGGUGGGAUUUACUUCGCACCAAGCAGGGGUAAAGUUUGUUCAGCGUAAAGCCUGUCCCGGACGGGUCGUGCACAUCUGUAACCUCCCGGAAGGCAGCUGCACGGAGAAUGACGUCAUUAACUUAGGGCUUCCCUUCGGCAAAGUGACCAACUACAUCCUCAUGCGCUCGACGCAUCAGGCUUUUCUGGAAAUGACAUACGUGGAGGCGGCGCAGGCGAUGGUGCAGUACUACCAGCUGCAGCCGGCUACCAUCAACGGACACAAGCUACUGAUCCGCAUGUCCAAGAGAUACCAGGAGCUGCAGCUGAAGAAACCAGGUAAAGAUGUUGAUUCUAUAAUCCAAGACAUCACUUCCCAGAGAGAGCGAGACGAGAUGCAGGAGAUUGACAGGUAUUUGCCGGAGCGUGCCAGAUCACGCAGUCCAGUCAGUCGUUCUCUGAGUCCGCGCUCACACAGUCCCAGCUUCACUUCCUGUAGCUCCGCCCACAGUCCAUCGGGGCCGUCCUGUCGGCCAGACUGGAGCAAUGGCAUGGGGCCCCGCCGGACCUCUUGGGACUGGACAUCCCAUUCCCGAUGCGACGAGGACCCCCGCGAAAGAGACGGCUGGAGGAACGAGGAGGAAGAGAAGCCUAAUGGAUGGCUGUAUGAGCGCAGGAAACCCUACCUUAAAACCGGGGACCGGAUCAGCCCACGUAUGGGCCCCGGGGACGAGCGAGGCAGGGACUGGUACCCCCGCGGAAGCCCUCUGGGUUCAUCCUUCUCCUCCUAUCACUCCACAGACGACUUUUACAAGAAAGACUCGCUGUACAAGACUGAUAAACAGAACAGGCCACAACAUCAGAGACAUGAGGGGAAAACAAAGAGAAGGGAAGGCGGAGACUACCACAGACCCAGACGCUCAGAGUCAGACGUGACGGACGACACACACUCCAACCGGACAGCUGAAGACAGAGGACGCAGCAAGAGGCCAAGCCGGAGACAAGAUAAAGAGGAGAAGGAGUCCGAAAAUCAGAAGGAAGAACACAGAGUCAAAGAAAGAUCAACAUCUCCUCAUAACAGCAAACCUGUAAAGUCUUCAAAGUGUGACAAAGAUGGUGACAGUGAGGGACCGGAAAGUGUAGAUGAUGGAGAGGAGGAGAGCUGGUAUCCUAAAAGCAUGGAGGAACUGGUCACCGUUGAUGAAGUUGGUGGAGAGGACGACUCUAUAGUUGAACCUGAUCUACCUGAUCUUCAAGAGGAGGACCAGAGAGUCGAGCCCAGUCAGUCGACCACAGACAGCCCUAAACCAAAUGCAAAGACCCCAGCAGAAGGCGAAGAGACCACGGUGGACGCUCCUUCCCUUCCACUCCUGGAUCUGGUCCCAGAAGAAAGCUCUGGAGGUGCUCAGUCCAGCCCUGGAGAGAGACCAGCUGCCCCAGAGCAACCGGUCUGUCAACUCAGCUGCAUCCCAUCCCAGGAGUUCAAGAGCGCUUUGGAGGAGGCCUGCUCCGCCACUCAUCUAGACACACACAUCAACACCACCACAACAGCCGACCCCCUAAACAACAGCAGCUCAUGUGAAAGUGGGAAAGUGAAGGACUUGAGUAAUGAUGAGAGAAAAACAGCAGAGAUGGACCACAAGGAGCCAUGUCUCAAACAGGAGAGUCAGAAGAAAGAUAUUCCUGACUCAUUACCGGCAUCUUCACCUCAGGCAACAGACAUUUUUGCUGCGUCACCCUCUCAGGAGCAGGAGAAAGGCAUCAGUGAACACAGCAUACCGUUAGGUGUGGAGUUCAUCGUGCCAAGGACGGGGUUUUAUUGCAACCUGUGUGGUUUGUUUUACACCAGCGAACAAACAGCCAAGACGUCACACUGUCGCAGUACAAUUCACUACAGGAACCUACAGAAGUAUCUGUCGCAGCUGGCAGAGGAAAGUCUCUUGAACUUCCACACGGAGUCGCCAAACACUGAAUGAAGCUCACGUGAGACUAUCAGGACUGCACCACUGCUGGGAUUAUGCUGAGAGACACAAAACAAGGACGAAAGAGGAUGGGACACAAGGAGAACCAGAGCAAUUGGAUCCUCUGUGUGCUCUUCAUAGCAAUAUAAACUGUACUAAAGUUUUCAAGAGUUAAAAAUACCAGCUUAUUAAAUGUCAGAUACUUUAAAAGAGUAGUUCACUGAAAAAUGUAAGUUCCAAACACAUAUUACUUUUUGUUCUGUGAAAUAUAUAUAUCUUUUUUUUACAGUGGAAUUCAAGCAUUUUGUGGUUACGAAAUUUACAAAGCACCAUAAAAGUAUCAUAAAAGCAGUCCAUGCAACAUGUGCACUAUAUUGAUUUAGUUUCAUCAUUGGCAUGAUUCAGCUAAAAUAAGGGAAAUAAUCAGGGUUAUUGUCACAAACUAAAACCAUGAAUAUGUUACUUUUAACAAAUGUUAACUGAAAAAA